CACACACACUGGAUCUCAGCCACAGCCUGCAGCUGCAUUGACGGUAAACAGAGAAGGUAGCGCAUGGGCAGCCAGCAGGGAAUUAUUCCUCAUCACAUCACCGGGCGUACAUGGAGUCCACACACACAGAGCCAUGCAUUUGGUGUGCGGGCUGACGAGGUAGCAGCCAAUUCUUCUCUCUUGUUUUUGUUCGUUCUGCGCGUCGGUGUACAGCGGCAGCGGGGAAGAUUCAGCGCACAUUGCCACAGUAGGUCUUUUUUUCCUGGAUCGAGACGAUGGAUGUAGGCUCACCCGGAUCCAUUCUUGCAAACACGGCGGACGGGCGCGACUUUUUAUUCCAGACGCACCCGCAUCUCCCGUACGUUGCAAGGUGUCUCUGAACGGCGCACGGGCCUCUGGAGGAAAUGAGAAGAAAGGUCUAUUUUGACUCACGCCUGUCGAGAUGGAGGCGUCAUUAAGAAGACCUGUGCAUUCAAGAUCAAACGCACCUCAUUAGAUCAUUAAGGAUCAUUGUUAAUCUGCGUGAGAGGAAAAGGGCUCUUAGCUGCGACCUUGUUUUUUGGUCUAUGAGCACUGAAUCACAAAGAAGCUUGAUCCCAUCGUCGGCCCGAUGUAGAAACGUCUCCCUAAGAUUCCCACAACCUCUACUCUUGCUUGGAUUUCAGCAUUCAGUCAAAUCCACCAGGACAGAGUAUGCCAUCUGCACCUUUUCACAGAAUCCUACGACCCCUUCUGCUCGGCACGUUCGUACUGGGAUGCUUUGUGACUCUGUUUUUGAUGUAUUUUAAACCAUCCACCAGCUGGUUAUCAGGCCCUGUAGAGUCAACAGUAUCCACAGACCGGGUGAAGAACCUCUUCUCCACCAAGAGUGAUAAAAACGUGACCACGGUGCUGAUCUGGCUCUGGCCGUUCGGACAGACCUAUGACCUGGGCGUGUGCAGCUCUCUCUUCAACAUCGAAGGCUGCUUCAUCACAGCGGACCGGAACUUCUACAACAAGUCGGAUGGGGUCGUCAUCCAUCACCGAGACAUCUGCACGGACUUGUCCAACCUGCCGCCGCUCCAGCGACCGUCCUUCCAGAAGUGGGUAUGGAUGAACCUGGAGUCUCCGUCGCACUCCUCCCAGCUGCCUGGGAUUGAAAACAUGUUCAAUCUUACUCUCAAUUACCGUCAGGAUGCUGACAUUGAAGUGCCUUAUGGGUCAAUUGUAGCAGCGGAGGGCGAGGAGGACUUUGUCGCACCCAGCAAAAACAAGCUCAUCUGCUGGAUUGUGAGCAACUGGAACCAGGACCACGUGCGGGUGAAGUACUACAAUGAGUUGUACAAACACAUCGAGGUGCAUGCGUAUGGACAAGCCUUCGGGGAGUACAUCUCGGACCAAGACUACUUUCCCACCAUCGCCAGCUGCAAGUUCUACCUGGCUUUUGAGAACUCCAUUCACAAGGACUACAUCACUGAAAAACUGUACAACCCGCUGUCUGUGGGUUCAGUGCCAGUGGUUCUCGGACCGCCCAGGCAAAACUACGAGAACUUUAUCCAGGGAGACGCCUUCAUCCACGUGGACGACUUCACUUCGCCCAAGGAGCUGGCCGAAUACCUGCUGCUCUUGGACAAGAACGAGGAAAUGUACCUCAGGUACUUUGAAUGGAGGCGGCACUUUAAAGUGAAGAAGGCCUAUUUCUGGGCAGAGCACACAUGCCUGGCUUGUGAUUACCUGCGUAGGCACAAGGAAUACAAGUCCUUCAAUAACCUGGACAAGUGGUACUGGGGCGGAUAGUAAUUUGAAGGGCUAUGCAGUGCUUGUUUGGUUGUUAAAGGCUGCGCUUUAAGUCAUUCUGGUCUUUUGGUCAAUAUGAAGGUUCAUUAUUGUUGCGUUCAAAGCUCCAGAACUAAUCUUUUUUUAUUGAUUCAGCAGCCCUGUGAGACAUCCAUCUUGUUUUUUUAAUUAUUGUUAUUUGCAAGUCAAUUUUGCCAAGCCUUAAUUUGCCUUUUGUGAUAAUCAUUUAUACAUUUUUAUUAUUUAUAAGUUUAAAAUGCACUACAUUUGUUCUUGUUUUUUCAAUCCAUGUUUUGCUUAACAUGAUAACAUUUGCUGCUAUUCUUUUAAUAUUUUUGUUCCUGUAUCACAGAUAACAUUCACGGUGGAAUAAGGUGUUUUCUUUCUUUAAUUAUUCCCAUUCCAUAAAGCACACUACAACGGGUUUUGGCUGCAGAAGGAGAUUGAUGUUAAAAGAAUGCUAAUAUUUAGGUAAUAUAUAUUCAAGUAACUCUCUUUUCCUAAGUGAUAAGACAAACAAUCUCAUCUGUGCUACUCAUGCGGUCACCUCUGCAUACUAAACUCAACUGAAUGUGAAAGUAGUUAAUUGUGUCAUAUACAUAUUAAGUUUUUUGGGAAUUACUGUAUGUAGCUGUCAUUUGCACUGCUAAUCUAACUGCUACCUAUCUUAUAUAUAUAUAUAUAUAUAUAUAUAUAUAUAUAUAUAUACAGUACAUAUAUGUAUAUAUACAUGUAUUUACAGUAAAAAUAUAGACAUAUAUGUAGAGUAAGACAGUCAGUCAUGGAUGCCAUAUGGUGAUCAUUGCCCCUGCGGUUUCCACUAGGCGACGUGACUGCUCUGUGUGAGGGAGGUUACUAUUUUCAUCAUGUCGUGAAUUGUUCAUUGUAACAUGUGAUGUGUCAAAGUGCAGUUGGAAUCCGCAUAUGUUAUCGUACAGUACAGAGCCACCGUACUGCAGUAUGAAACGCCAAGACACCUUAUCAUGUUGCAUUCUAAUUUGAUCUGUCAAUUGAAUUGAAUACAGUGUGCAGUGGAAAUAGCACAAACACAAGAUAUUACUGAAACUAUUUUGCUGUGCAUACAUCUUACAAUGUGACACGUCUUUGACUAUUUCAAAUAAGAUGUGUGAAUCAGGAUGCAAUACGAUCAGGUGAGAUCUGCUCACGUGUUUGGUUCCCGUAAACAAAAAACUGAAAAAUGUUAAAAUUGUCAAGACUACUAAGAUUAUUCAUGUGAAAGUUUUGUUUUCUGGAUUUUUAAUUAGUUUCUUCCUGUUUACACCACUGUAGAUCAAGCUACAAAAAGGAUCAGCAUCUGUACAUACUGCAUCACUUUAAAUGUUCUAAACAUCAAUCUACCGAGAAAUGCAUCUCAACAGCACUCAGCAGCUAUUGACGUCAUGGUUUUGCUUUUAGAGAAAGAAGAGUGAAAAACCAAGUCAACAUUUUAUGCAAAAUGAAACUGCGUCUUUUUGGUCUAAGUACUCCAGCAUUUUUCAGGUUAUUAUCAUUUUGAUAUUUCUUCACUGUCAAAGGGACCAUCGAUGUAAAUAAGGAUUAAUUGAAUUAUUUUUCUUAUGGAACAUGGUUCCAAACACCAUAGCAAAGCCUGUAUAUAAACUUAAAGGUGAACUGAAUCAUCAUCUGGAUAAAAAAAAAACCCCACCAACAAGGAUCAUUCCUGUUUGUGCAAAGGACUGAGGGAGCUCAAACAUUUUUAUUUGUAUUCAUGGGGCAGAGAAACAACAUGUUGUACAUAUUUUCAAUGUUGUAAAGAUCUCUUUAUGAGAUUCGAGUGUUGUCAGGCAGGAAAUGGGAUCGUGCCAGGCCUACUUGAGGAAAUGUUUGUGCUUUUAAAGGCUGUGAAUGAAAGUGAAAGGAGAGUGGCACUUGAAAAGGUUUACCCAUGUGAGACAUUUGUUUUAGUGUUAAAGUGAAAAUUUUAUUUUUCUUUAUUAGGCGAUUACACUCUCGGCAUGACCUAAUUAAAAGAGUCAUGCCAUAUUGCAGCAGAGAUAUGCACAUUUAUUCACAUAGAGGUGUGUGACUCACUGUGCUGGUGGCUUUUCUCUAGAUGGUUGUGAGUUCAGAAACUGUCAACUAUGAACUCAGUUAUCCUACUGAUUAACAAUGAAACCAUAACUCAUGGUUUCGUGUUGUACAGUCAGAUCUCAUGUACGAAAACAAAGAUUUCUUGUCCAAUGUGGUUGGUGACUUAAAUGAACAAUUUUCUUUGUGUUGUUCGUCUUUAUUCUCCUCUCUCCCCUUUCUCUUUUUUGCACAAAAACAAAUAGCAGGAGCUGUGGCUUCUCUGUCCCGUCUGAGUCUGUGAGUGUGUCACAGCACCAUGAAUCAGGAUAUCUCCGGAUUCUGUCCUUAAAAAACACUGUAUACCUAGUGGGAUGAAUUCUUUGUGUGGCCGAAACAUGACAAUAUCUUCAGAAAUGAUCAUUUUCUGCCAGUUCACGGAAAUAACCAGUGAUUCAAUCAGUACACAUUUUUUGCCAAAUUGUUGUAUUUUGCCAAAUGUUGUGUUUUAACUGUAGAUGUCUGAUAGUGUCAAAGAAAAUAAAGGUAUGGACAUAUGCGAAAACGUGUUGGGCAUACAAAUGUUUUUAUUUUAAA